CUAAAAUAAAACAGGAACGAAGGAUGCAGAGUUUGCCAUUUGUGUGUUUUAUGACUAUAGAGUACAAGGAGUGUGUAUCUUGGACCAUAUUAUUAUAACCUUGACGGGGUUUUGAACAGUUCGACACGUGAAAAAGUGGGACGGGCAAACCGUUUGAGGAAGUGAACCAACCUGGCUUUUUGAUCGCUUCAUUUCUACUGCAAAUCUCACCAAACCUUAUAUCUUGGUAGGCGUUGAAAUAUCUAUAUAGACACGCAGAAAGCUCAUUCGGCUUUUAUCGACCUGCACCAAACCGCAUAUAAUCGCAACUAUUUUCAGUUGCUACCUAAAUUCUUCUGUAGAGUUUUGCUCUAAUUGACCAUCGGGUGUUGAUAAUUGAAGUCAAAUAUAAACUCUUGGUGUUGGAAAAUGAUUGAUUCAACGGAAGAAAUAACAGAACCGUCAUCCAUACACAUUACAGAUGAAGAUCAGAGAAGAGCUGGUGAUAUUUUCCUGGAUUAUAGCGUAUUUACCAAACCCGUAUAUGAAACACCAAAAAAGCCACAACCUAAACAAACCGGAAUUAGAAAUAUUAUGAUUACAUCAGCAUUGCCGUAUGUAAACAAUGUACCUCAUCUGGGCAACAUGAUUGGAUCGACCUUAAGUGCAAGUGUAUUCGCUUUGUACUGUGAUUUGGCUGGAUAUAAUGUGUUAUCUAUUUGUGGAACUGAUGAAUAUGGAACUGCGACUGAAGCAAAAGCAGUCUCAGAGAAUAUGACUCCUCGUCAGAUCUGUGAUAAGUUUCAUAAGUUGCAUUGUGAUAUAUACAAGUGGUUUCAAAUUGAAUUCGAUUAUUUUGGACGAACUACUACUGAUCAACAUACCGAAAUAGUUCAGGAGUUGUUUAAACGCCUGUGGGAUAAGGGUUUUAUCACUGAAGAUUCUGUUGAACAGUUAUAUUGCGAAAAAUGCCCAAAAUUUCUUGCAGAUCGUUUUGUUGAAGGAGUUUGCCCUUUGUGUAAAUACGAUGACGCACGAGGUGAUCAAUGUGAUAAAUGCGGGCGUCUCAUGAAUGCUGUCGAAUUAAUCGAACCACGUUGUAAGAUAUGUUGUCAAAGACCUGUGGUGCGUUCUUCACGCCAUUUGUUUCUUGAUCUUCCAAAGAUUGAAAGCAAGUUGAGUACAUUCGUUGAACAACGUAUUAACGAUCCCUCUUGUAUAUGGACCUCAAAUGCUUGUACUAUAUCAAAUUCAUGGUUGAGAGAUGGUUUAAAGCCAAGGUGUAUUACACGUGAUUUGCAUUGGGGUGUACCAGUUCCAUUGGAAGCUUAUAAAGAUAAGGUGUUUUAUGUUUGGUUCGAUGCACCUAUUGGUUAUAUUUCGAUUACGGCAAAUUACACAAAACACUGGAAGGAAUGGUGGCAACCAUCUGAUGACAAUGAAAUUGAAUUAUUCCAAUUUAUGGCAAAAGAUAAUGUUCCAUUUCAUGCUAUUGUAUUUCCUUCAUGUUUGUUAGCAGCCGAUGCUGGUUAUACUCUCGUAAAACAUCUACUUUCUACUGAGUAUAUGAACUAUGAAAAUACCAAAUUUUCAAAAAGUCGUGGAAUUGGUGUAUUUGGUGAUGAUGCAAUGAAAUCAGGUGUUAUAUCAGAUAUUUGGAGAUUUUAUUUACUGUAUCGGAGACCUGAAUCACAAGAUAGUGCUUUUAUCUGGGAUGAUUUCAUGUUGGUAAAUAACUCAGAAUUAUUGAAUAAUUUAGGUAAUUUUGUUAAUCGAUCUCUUUCUUUUGUGUCACGAUUUUUCAAUUCGAUUAUUCCAUCAAUAACAAAAUUAGAACCGGUUGAUACGGAAUUUUUGGCCAGAAUUAAUAAACUCUUCGCUACUUAUAUGCGCAAUAUGGAGUUAUGUCAUCUUCGAGAUGCUAUUCGAAAUGUAUUGACGAUUGCUCGUCUUGGUAAUGGUUACUUUCAAGCUAAUCAACCGUGGGUCGCUGUUAAAAAACCGGAAACAAAACAGCGUUCUGGUGUUGUGAUAAGCGUUGCUGCGAAUGUUGCUUGUCUUCUUGGUGCUAUGAUUUAUCCUUACAUGCCUACAAUUGGAAAACAGAUCUGGAUUGAGCAGUGUGAUCUUCCGGAAUCCCAAAUGAGUUUCGUGCAGAUUAUUAAAAAUGAAUUUACAGUGAAGAGGUUGUUACCUGAUGGUCAUCGUAUUGGAAAGAGUUGUAAACAGACAUAAGUAGGAUAUGAUCAACCACAAAUACCCAUCAGCCAGAGGAAUAGGAAAGCUGUAGCAGUAGGAUUGAACCGAAUGAGAAAAAGAGAAAUAUGCAAUUUCGAAGAAGGAUUGAAAGGUGUAGAGUGUUACAAUACCUCAAAUUUAUAAGAUAAAUAUUAGGUAAUUAUAUACCGUUUUAACAGAUUUUACGUCGUAGCAACAUUUUUCAGCUAUAGCAAGUUGGCGGAAGCCAAGAUUUUGUCAAUCAUCAGACGCCUAUCUAUCUUGGCUGACUGCACUUCUAAGACAACUGAUAUUCAUCUCAUUUUACCAUUACAUGAAGUAUUUUUGAUGCAUUUGAUUAUUUAUUUUGAAUUUCCAAAUUACUAGGAUAAAUUGCACUGAAAGAAGUUAAUUUUCUUCUUGUUUUGUAGCCAGUCCCUCUUUUUCGGAAAAUAGAUCCUGAUGAAAUCAAACGUUUGUCUCAAGUUUACAGUGGUUCAUCUGCUGCGUCUGUGACUAAUGGAAAUGAGCCGAAGUAAAAGAAUCAGUAAUGUAUGUGUGACUUUCCUGUGACAAUUAAUUUAUCAAAGUACUUGUUCCAACUAUUGCUUCACCACUUAUGUACUUUAUGGAAUACAUGUACCUUUUAAAGCAUUACUUUGUAUAUCCUACUACUUUUGGCUAUUAAAUAAAAAUUUGACCCUGGUUUUAUA